AUGAAACUUUGGACAUCUCCCUGGGUGUCUUGCCUGGUGAUUCUCCUCUUGUGUUUUGGAUCAGAGUGCGGGACAGCCCGGAGAAAGGGGAGAUCCAAGAGGGAGUUGGUGCGCAUUAGGGAGGCGAGAGCCACCGCGCCGGGGGCUUGUGCCACGCGUCUUCCCCGGGGCAAACGCUCCUUGCCCGGCUUGGAGCGACGGGUGCUCCGCCAGCGCCGGCGCUCCUCGCAGCAGGCGGAGGAGAACUCUCCGGACCGGGGGAAAGCUGUGUAUUUCACCGGCAGGGGCGACCAGCUGCGACUGAAGCCCGGCGUGGAGAUACCCAGAGGAAAUUUCACCCUGGAGAUGUGGAUCAAACCGGAGGGAGGUCAACGAUCACCCACAGUGAUUGCAGGCCUAUACGACAAAUGUUUCUAUGCCUCCAGUGACCGUGGAUGGCUGCUUGGUAUCCAGGCAGUCAGUGAACAUGGGAACCGUGAUCCUCGCUUCUUCUUCUCCCUUAAGACUGACCGUGCCCACAAAGUGACCUCCAUCCAUUCUAAUGCUCGCUACAUACCGAACCAAUGGGCCCAUGUGGCAGUCACAUAUGACUGCGUGUACAUGAAGCUCUUCGUCAAUGGCGCCCAAGUGGCUGUCAGUCGGGAGCAAUCGGGCGAUGUCUUUAGUCAUUUGACCAAAAAGUGCAAAGUCCUGAUGAUUGGGGGAAAUGCACUCAAUCAUAAUUACAGGGGAGCAGUGGAAAGGGUGGGUCUAUGGAGGCAGGCCCGGGGGCAGAGGCAGAUUAUCAGAGAUAUGCAGGGCCACGACGACCUACAAGAUCUACCUCAGCUGGUCAUCCGAGAAACAUUUGAGCACCCGGGCCGAAAAUGGCUGACUGUAAAAGACGGUAGCUUUCCUCAGCCGGAGCAAGGAGGUACUGCUCGAUUAGGGCUUCUGGGUGGCAGUGGAGUUGGAAAUGCAGAAGGACUAUUGGACACAACGCUAGAUCCUCCAACUUGUGGUCAAACUGUCUGCGACAAUGUUGAGGUCAUCAAAAACUACAACCACCUUUGGACAUUCCGUCGGCCCAAGAAAGUGCGAUAUCGUGUCAUAAAUAUAUGGGACGAUGCACAGAUGAGGCCGACUGUAUCUGACCACCAGAUCAACCUGCAGCACCAGCAGCUAAAUGAUGCCUUCAGCCCCUACAACAUCACCUGGGAGCUCAGCAUUCACAAUGUGACCAACUCCUCCCUUCGCAACCGGCUGAUUCUAGCUAACUGUGAUAUCAGCAAAGUUGGCGAUGAUGCGUGUGACCCAGAAUGCAACCAUCCGCUGACAGGGUAUGACGCGGGUGACUGCAUGUCUGGACACUGGAGCCGUUGCCCUGAGCACAAACAGGGGAAUGGUGUAUGUGACCCUGAAUGUAACUGGGAAAACUUCUUGUAUGACCUUGGCGACUGCUGUAAUCCAAAUGUGACAGAUGUGACCAAGACAUGCUUUAACCGCUCCUCUCCACACAAAGCCUAUUUGGAUGUGAAAGAGCUGAAAGAGAUUCUGCAUUUGGACGGCUCGACUCACCUGAACGUCUUCUUUGCCAAUUCCUCUGAUGAAGAUCUGGCGGGGGCUGCCACUUGGCCGUGGGACAAAGAAGCCCUCACACAUUUAGGUGGGAUGGUGCUGAAUCCGUCCUUCUACGGCACCUUUGGUCACACCGACACGAUGGUCCACGAGAUCGGUCACAGCCUCGGCCUUUACCACGUGUUUCGAGGCAUAUCGGAGACCGAGUCGUGCAACGAUGCGUGCCUGGAGACGGAACCCUCGAUGGAGACCGGAGAUCUGUGCGCCGACACCAACCCCACUCCUAAAUACAAAGGCUGCCACGAUCCCGAGCCGGGCAACGAAACCUGCGGCUGUCGUCAUUUCACGCACACGCCGUUUAACAACUACAUGAGUUAUGCAGAUGAUGCCUGCACGGACUCCUUUACACUGAACCAGGUGGCCAGAAUGCACUGCUACCUGGACCUCAUUUACCAGACCUGGCAACCCUCCUCGAAGCCUCCUCCGGUGCCAAUGGCACCACAAGUGGUCGGGCAACAUCAUAACUCCAUCAACCUGGAAUGGUUUCCACCGAUUUCUGGACACUUUUACGACAGAGAAGUGGGAUCAGUUUGUGAUAAAUGCACUGAGGGGAGAGUUCUGCUGCAGUACGCCUCCAACUCCUCAUCGCCACGGCCGUGCGCACCAUCUGGACACUGGUCCCCACGAGAGGCUGAAGGCCCUCCAGAUGUGGAGCAGGCUUGUGAGCCAAGUGUGCGCACCUGGAGCCCCAAUGCAGGGAUCGAGCAAGGCGUCGUCGGCCUGUCAGAAUGCCCUCUCCAGGGCUGCAUGCUUCAGCUGGAGUUCCCUUACCCACUGGUGCCAGACUCUCUCACUGUGUGGGUCACCUUCUUCAGCCCCGAGGAAACGGCACUGCCAGCCAUCCACAACAUCUUGCUGUUGACUGUCAGCGGGAACAACAUUUCAUUGGGCCCCAGCAAUGUCUUCUGCGACUCCCCACUGACGUUGAAGCUGGACAUCGAGGAAGAGGUGUAUGGGGUACAGUUUUUCACCAUGGAGCAACAUCUAGAGAUUGAUGCCACCCUCUUGGCAUCCAAGCCAAACUGCAUACUUUGUAGACAUUGCAAACCACUGCGCUACCGCCUGCUGCGCCAGCCGCCCUUCACCCAUGCACCACAUGGUCUGUUGCUGAAUGAACCUACCCGCCGAAUUACAGACAGGGACGUGCUGCCACAUGUUGUGUACACCUACCAAGUCCAAACCAUCUCCAGCCGGAGUGAGAGUGAGCCCUCCCCACCUUUGGUGCACGAACUAGGAUCACCAUACUGCGGAGACGGACGAAUCCAGAGUUCCGAAGGGGAGGAAUGUGAUGACAUGAACUCGAUGAAUGGGGAUGGCUGCUCCACUCUAUGCAAGAAAGAGCCCUUCUUCAACUGUGUUGAGGAGCCGAGCAUGUGCUACUACUAUGAUGGUGAUGGGGUGUGUGAGGACUUUGAGCGAGAGACUGGCGUGAGAGACUGCGGCCUCUACACCCCCAUUGGCUUCCUGGACCAGUGGGCCUCCAAUGUCGAAGUUUCCCAUGAAGAGAAGCCUUACUGCUCCGGCGAGGUGGCUGCUGGAUACCCUACUGUCACUAAAACGUGUCAGUCCAAGGUGUUUGAUCUGUCUGAUGGCAUUUCCCAGUAUGCGUGGUUCCCCUGUCGUGAUGCCCAUGACUCCGCCUGGGGAUAUCCCAGCUAUUGGCUCAAAGCACACUUUUCUCAUCCUAUGGUGGCAGCAGCAGUGAUUAUUCACCUGGCUGCUGAUGGGACUAGCUACCUUGACCAGACUCAAUGUAACAUCACAGUUCAGCUCGUGGACACCAAGGAAGGCAUCCACAGUCUGGGGGAGUGGCGCCUCAGCUGCCGCACCAACCCUCUGGUGAUCCCUGUGAACCAUGACCUGUCAGUGGCCUUCUACCACACCAAGGCGAUCCUGGUCAUGUUCGCUUCUCACCUCGUUGCCAUCUCAGGUGUAGGUCUGCGCUCCUUCCAGUCCUUUGACCCCAUCACGAUAAGUGGUUGCCAGAGCAAUGAGAUCUACAACCCCACAGGACAGAGUUGUGUACAUUAUUCCUGCGAAGCCAUUGACUGCCAGGAACCUUUAAUCCGCAAUGCAGAGCUCAAGUGCAGUAGCACUGGUCGCCACUUCUACAACGGGGACCGCUGCACCAUAUUCUGCAACUCUGGAUAUGUCCUGCAAAUCCACCAGGACGAUGACAUCAUCAAGAGCCAGUCGGACUCUUCAGUGACUAUAACCUGUGCAAAUGGGAAGUGGAACAAACAGGUCUCAUGUGAGCCAGUGGACUGUGGCGUGCCUGACAAAUAUCACGUUCAUCCAGCCCAUUUCGACUUCCCCGAGGGCACAACCUAUGGCAAGAGGAUCACCUUUAAGUGUAGAGAACCUGCCCAGCUUGUAGGAACAAACAACACUCUUACCUGCCUAGAGGACGGUCUGUGGUCCUUCCCGGAGGCCCUCUGUGAGCUCCGCUGCCCAGCCCCCCCUCCUGUACCGAACGCUGUGCUGCAAACCAAGCGCUGCAAUGAGACAGGCCUCAAAGUGGGCACCCUCUGCAAGUACAAGUGCAAGCCAGGCUACCACGUCACCAACAAACCUAAGAGGCGUGCAUUUAAGCGUCAGUGCACCGAGGACGGCAGCUGGCUAGAGGGGGCGUGCGAGCCCGUUACUUGUGACCCCCCGCCUCCGAUCUUCCACGGAUCUUAUCACUGCACCGAUGGCUUCCACUUCGACAGUGUCUGCAGACUCAACUGCACUGACCCUGCCGGUAAUAGCGCUAUCGCCGCCACAGGAGGCUCUGCCCAUACGGUGAGGCUGCUACACGGUCCAUGCAAGCAGGGAGCAGCAUCCAAUGUAAUCCGCUGUAGGAAGGAUGGAAACUGGACAGGGUCGUUCCGCCUGUGCCCACACAGCAAAGGCCAAUGUUCUUUACCUCAAAACCUCCAUUAUAGCCUUCAGUACUCAUGCAAGCGAGGACACGGCAUAGGUGAGGAGUGUGAGCUGAGCUGCCGAGAGAGUAACAACGACGUGGUGAUCCUCCCUAGCAACAUGACGGUCGACAGCGUGCUCAAAGAGCACUGGAGGAACCCACACAAAGUCAAGAGCAUAGUCUGUACAAUGGGAAUGAAGUGGUAUCCACACCCAGAGUUGCUUCACUGUAUCAAAGGAUGUGAGCCAUUCAUGGGAGACAACUACUGUGAUUCGGUCAACAACAGAGCCUUCUGCAACUACGACGGAGGAGACUGCUGCCAAUCCACUGUCAAGACUAAGAAGGUGAUUCCUUUCCCCAUGUCCUGCGACAUACGGGAUGAGUGCUCCUGUCGGGAUCCCAACGCUAUAGAGAACAGAAAGGAUGAACACGUCCAUUCCCUGGGGUGACCAACCAGAGCAGGGACCUCUGUUCAACGUCCCAGGAACCUUGCCUCAACACAACACAGCCAGAGCGGCCGAGGCAGACCCCUCCUUCAUUCUCCUCUCGGCCUCCAAUUUCCUGCACAUGCUGCUUAACAGGCAUACCUCUCCAUCCAUACUGCAACCCCAACCAGCUGAAAUAAAACCGACGCCUCCACAUCACAAGAAAGAUCUUGAAAAAGAGGAUGGGACUCACAAGACUUCACAGAAAACUUCAUUUCUCCGCUAAAAAGGAAAGUAACCCUGCAAUAUCAUCAUCAUAAAAAAAAAAUACAUAUAUAGCAAAGAGAAAAAAAAAGAAAUUACAUGAAGCAGACAUUUUUUUUAAAGAAUAAGAAAACAAAGAAAAAAAACUAAACAGAAACAUAACCAAGCCUAGGUAGCAUGCCUUUCGUUCAGUUUUGUGCCGGCUUCAGUGUCUGUUUUAGUGACCUCGCUCUACAAUCACAUGAUUGAACCUAAGGUAUAACUCAAAAUGUGCAAGUUGGGGAUAGUGUCGAUGUUGACUUUGUGUUUUGCAAAUAUGAAGGAAUGUUAAAAGAGAAUCCUCGGACACUUUGAGGGCAUGUUCAACACCUUUUCUUGGAGGGGCUAGAAGUUUGUGCUUAUGUCAACCCUGGUUUCAAACUGCUCAGACACUCCAUAUCUCUUUGUCCAUUUUCAGUAGUGUGAUUGUUCAUCGGCACGUUAUUUCAAGCUUUGUGGGGAAUGAGACAGCCAUACAUUGUUGGGCGAGACA